AUCCACGGUGUACUAAUCAAAAUUUCACAUUGACCAGCUUGAAUAGUAAAUAAGAUAACGGGUGUUCUUACGUGUAUUUGUUUAUCACCCAUUUGUCUCAUAUUUGGACGCAGCAGCAGGCUUGGCUAGCUUGCUACUGUAGCCUAUUUGACAGAACCUGCUGAACAGUUGGCUGGUUACAGCCCAUCUAUAGUUAAAUUUGAAGCAAAGUUUCAUAAGUGGACAAACAGUAGUAUAACAGCUAGUAGGCUUAACUGUUAUAUAUAAUUACAAGCAGUGCAGAAUUAAUUUCUGACCAUUUCAAAUAAUGGAAGAAGGGCUUUCAAGGCGCGAUAUGAUGGAGUUCUGGCAAGAUCAUUCGCAGGAGGCCUCGAUAGAAGAGAUGAUGCUGGACUCCAGUGCACUGCUACUGACGCAGCAUGAGCUUCCUGAGAUAAUGGGCCUGCUGCCAAACCUGCAGGGCACCCGUUUGCUGGAGCUGGGGGCUGGCAUUGGGCGGUACACUCAUCACUUUGCCCAGUAUGCUGACCAUGUGACAGCCGUGGACUUCAUGGAGAAAUUUGUGGAAAAAAACAAGCAGAACAAUGGUCACCACAGAAAUGUAGACUUCAUCCAUUCAGAUGUCACCCAGUUGAAUUUCUCCAAGAACAGUUUUGGCCUUAUCUUCUCAAACUGGCUGAUGAUGUACCUGAACAAUGAGGAGCUGAUUUCCCUUGUAAAGAACAUGCUGCUUUGGCUUCAGCCAGGGGGUUACCUCUUCUUCCGGGAGUCCUGCUUUCACCAAUCAGGAGACAGCAAGAGAGAUUUCAAUCCCACUCAUUACCGUUCGCCAGCUGAAUACAACCAUCUAAUGACGUCUGUCCUGCAGAAGGAGAUGGGGGAAGGAGGGGAGCAAGCUUUCGGUUUCGAAGUAGUCAUGAGUAAAUCAGUGCAGACCUACAUCAAGAUGAAGAAUAAUCAGAACCAGGUGUGUUGGCUGAUGCAGAAGGUCCCACGUAGUGAGUGCCACGAGGGCUUUAACACAUUCCAAGAUUUCCUGGACAACCAACAGUACUCCCGGCGAGGUAUCCUCAGAUAUGAGAAGAUCUUUGGCAAUGGAUAUGUCAGCACAGGAGGACCUAGCACCACCAAGGAGUUUGUAGACCUUCUGAAUUUGUCUCCUGGACAAAUCGUUUUGGAUGUGGGCUGUGGAAUCGGGGGUGGAGACUUCUACAUGGCAAGGGCAUUUGGUGUGAAAGUACUUGGCAUGGAUUUGUCUUCAAAUAUGGUGGAGAUUGCAACUGAGAGAGCCAUGAAGGAGAACCUACCUUCAGUUCAGUUUGAAGUGGGAGAUGCCACCAGGAGGGUCUUCAAAGAAGGGUCUUUUGAUGUGAUAUACAGUAGGGACACUAUACUACACAUUGCUGACAAGCUUAAGCUCUUCAAAAGCUUCUAUUCAUGGCUGAAGCCUGGUGGGAAAGUGCUGAUCAGUGACUACUGCUGUGGGGAGAUGCCAUGGUCACCAGAAUUCCAAGAAUAUGUCAAACAAAGGGGGUACAUCCUGUUCACCCCACCACAAUAUGGGAAGUUCCUGGAACAAGCUGGGUUCUCUCGUGUCCGCACAGAGGACAGGACCUCACAGUUUAUACAGGUGAUCCAGAUGGAACUGGAGAAGGCAGAGGCUAUAAAAGAGGAGUACAUAAAGGAAUUUUCUGAAGAAGACUACAAUGCUAUAGUGACUGGCUGGAACGAGAAACUACAGCGAUGUACGAAAGGAGACCAGCGCUGGGGGCUGUUCUACGCUGAGCGAGACUAAGGACUCACUCCAUUCGGACAUGAACAUAAAAAAACACCGUUUGAUAAUUCUGCAGGAUCAGAAACCUGAACUGGAUAUCUCAAAUGAAAGCUAAAACUGAUGUCUUAAAACAGUGGUUCCCAACCUGGGAGGCCCGACCAGGGGGGCGCCGACGUUUCAUAGGGGACACGAGGCCCUCUUGAUUUUAAGAGUUUAAAAAAAUGGAAUCUGUGGUGGGGGGGAAAAUGUAAAAAAUAAAAUGAAGUCAAAGCAAAGUUAAAGUUAGGCUCUAUGGUGUGAUGUAAAAGCAAAAUGAGCUGGGCAAAGCCAGAUAUAGUUUAAAAACUGAUGAGAGGCUGCACAGGCAGGAAACCCUGUCGUGAGCACAGCAGGUUACAUUUAGCAAUUUGCAUUGCAUGCGGUAUCUUUUUUCAUUCUGUGCAAAGCACAUUUCUCCUGGGCAAUAAGUUUAAUUUCAUUCAUUCAGCUAGUUAUCAUUGAGAAUUUAAUAAAUUAAACUACCUUACUAGGUAGCUAGGCUAGUUCAAAAUAGAAAUGAAAAUGAUGUCAUAGCUAGCUGGCUAGAUGUACAAGUUUUUUUGCUAAAAUGCUAAAAUCAUGUGUACAUAAAACUUACCAGAAAGUAGUUACAUUCAGCUGACAACAUUGUGCUAAUAUAUCCCUGAAUAAAAUCAGUUUUUCCACAAGAUGUAUGAAAUAUACAUAAACCAAGCCUUAUUUUAUUAUUUUGUUUUGAUGAAACAAAAGCUAAAUCUAUCGCAAAAUGCAGCCUGUUGUGUUCACGGCAGAGCUUCCUGUCAACUGUCAAAUUCUGUCCAGUCAAAUUCUAUGGCUAGGCUAUUACCAAGGACAACAAACAAAGAUCAUAUAUUACUCCCAUUUUAGCUUCCUUGCACUGGUUACCGAUUGCAUUCAGGGUUGAUUUAAAAACUUUAUUUAUUACUUAUAAAGCUUUGAAUGGUUUGGAACCUAAAUACAUAACUGAGCUUUUGUCUCCUACCAUUCACCUUUUGAAGUCAUCAGACAAAUCACUUCUGGCUGUUCCAGACUCUAUGCUGCGGAUAAAGAGAGAUUGUGUUUUUUCAGUUACAGCCCGUAUGCUCUGGAACAAUUUCCGUCAAGACCAGGAGUUCCCAAACUCGGUUCUGUGGCCCCCCUGUGUAUGCUGGUUUUUGUUCAAACCAGUCACAAUCCCAUAAUUCAACUAGCUGUUAUUUUUUCUUAAUUUUCACAUUUAUGUUUUUAAUGUGUGUAUGUUGUAAUGUGAAGCCGAAAAACAAAUGUCCACCUAGUGUGGACAAUAAAGUAUUAAUAAAGUAUUUACCCUCUUAAGCCACAUUGUCAGAAAUAGCUAUGCAUGCCAUAAAUAAUGAAAUUCCCAUGUUCAAAUGAGUGUGUCAUUUGCGGUAAGAAAUAAAAUUCCUCUCUGAUCCAUGGCAAUAUUAACAGAAAAAAUGGGUUUCCAAAUCACAGCCAGAUUGCCACCAGUUUUACAAAAUCUGUCAGCCACUUUGCUUACGGUAAUAUUGCCUACUAUUGUUGUUAAGGCCCACAGGUUUACUAUAGUUCAGUUCAUUAUAUUGUGUGACAUAUUAAAUGCAAUAUGAAAUACCACUAUGUAAAAUGCAUGUUCUAUUUUCCAUGUGUGCGUUUGUGUGUUGUUCUGGUGGCAAAUCUAUUCAAUUGUAAAAUAGAGAUCCUUUCUGAAAAAUGUUGGGAAUCAUUAUCUUAAAAAUAGUGUGCCCCAAAGUAUUAAAAAAUGAUUUCUAAUGCAACUGAUGUUACAUGUACUAUGAAGGUUUUGUGAGUUGUAAAGAUCUAUAAAACUGGACUGCUGGGAUUGUCAAAAAAAUUAAGUGUUGAUAUGGAUACAACUACUGUAGCUAAUUUGAUUUAAAGAAGUGAUAAACAACAGUAUUCGGGGCCAUAAUGAAACAGAACAAGGAAUCAAAGAAAUAUACUUGAAAAUAAAGCCACUGAGUUUCUGCUAGAAUCUCACCAGAAACUAUCAACAUCAUUACUUUGCAUAAACGUAUUAAGUAUCUUGAUUGAUGCUGAUGUGUUUUAAUGUAUUUUCCUCCAGAUAAAUGCUUUAUGUUCUCAAACAUAAAAUUGAUACAAAAUACUGGGGUAAAAUGUUGACAGUUGAAUUGAACUUUGUAAAAUCUAUAUUGAAAAAACAUGUUCCAUGAGAAAAUGUUUUUUUUUUAGAUGCAAAGGUGUCCUGUUUACAUUACAAGAACAAACUAUGGCUACCAACUUGACUAAGCAUCUUGAUGAGAAUCUGAUUUCCACUCUCAACAAGAUUAACAUAAAAACAGUUUUAAACAGCUGUGGUAAUCAUCAUUUUGAAAGUUUUGAAUGAUUACUCUUUUUUUAUUGUCUGUUUCAAAUGGACUGAAAUUUUUGUUGUGUGAAUUUCCCUAAGUUUGAUUCAAACCUAAUGAUGGAUACUAUGGCAUAGUCCUAUAGUAUCCACUAUGUACAUUGUUGGUAGAUGAUACAUGACAACUAUGCCAAAUACAGAGUUUCUAAGUGCCA